UGUCACUGACAGAUGCUUUCAUUUUCUAAUGUAGGCAUCGAUAUCCUUCAACUGGAUCAGUAGAAGUUUGUAAUCUCAUUUCACUAGUAUACAGAAUCUGAGAACAUGGAAAACAAAACCAUGGUGCUUAUUAUCUAUAUCAUUGCCUUCAUCAUUGGUCUGCCUUGCAACCUUCUGGCCUGCUACUCCUUCCUGAGCAAAGUGCGUCACAAACCGGUCCCCAUAGAUAUCCUGUUGCUCAAUUUGACCAUUUCUGACCUUUUCCUUCUGAUCUUUCUGCCUUUCAAGAUGGCAGAAGUUGCUCUGGCUUUCACAUGGCCCCUUCCUUCCCUUCUUUGCCCAUUGGCAAACUUCUUCUUCUACAGCAGCAUUUAUAUCAGCACCCUGUUCCUCAUGGGAGUCAGCAUAGAGCGCUAUCUGUGUAUCGCCUACCCUGUUAAACACAAGCUCAACCGCAGACCAACCUAUGCAAAAAUUGCCAGCCUUUUCUUCUGGUUUUUGGCUUGUUCCCAUUGUGGUUGUAUCGUCUUCAUUGUUCACUACCUCCCUGGAAGUUCAUGGAGUCAUACAGAUAACGUCACUUGCUACCAUGACUUCUCCCCCGAGCAGCUUGUCAUUGUCCUCCCUUUCCGCCUGGAGCUCUUCUUUGUCCUCUUCUUACUUCCAUUCCUUAUCACUGUUUCCUGCUAUGUCAACGUGAUCCGCAUCUUGAACAGCAUGCCAAACAUUAAGCCCCAGAAGAGGCAAAGGGCCAUGGGCUUAGCUGUGGCUACCGUGCUCAAUUUCACUCUGGCCUUUGCUCCUUACAAUAUCUCCCACGUUGUGGGCUUUGUGUUGAAAAAAAGCCCUUCCUGGAGAACAGAGACGUUCUGCCUGACUUCUCUCAACACGGUGUUGGAUCCUAUUAUUUUCUUCUUCUCUUCCUCCACCAUCCGGAGGACAUUUACAGAAUGUUGGAUUGGCACCUGCAGGAAAUUCCGGAAUCAUACAUCACUCUGCUGUCCAUGUUGCUGUAAGUCUUGUAGGGACAAUGGCAAAAAAGGACAAACUGGUGAAUUAUCUCUUGGAAACAUCCCCAGUAUACUGGCAGGAUCUAGUACACCCACACCUUUUGCAACCCUUGAACCAUCUGUGACAUUAGACGAGUGAUCACUCAGAAAAGUCUUUUUAGACAGAGCAGUAACUCCCAGGAACACCUAAGCUAAAA